UCCACGAAUGUCACUGCAAGAGUUUUAUUUAGUUCGCUGAUUUUGCAAGCUAGCUGGCUAAGCUGUCACUUUAGCCGUUAGCCUGCUGGCCUAAUGGGCAGGUGUUCAUGCAACUUACUGCAAAUAGAAAAUACUGAAAUCGCUUUCGUCUGUAACAUCGAGCUUAUGAAAGAUGAUUUUCUUGGACAGGUUAACUGAAGCGACUGUCAAAACGUUCAGGUUACUGCAAGCAUAGCCAGCUAGCUUGUGAAGCCGUUAUAGAGCUAACCCAGUUCAGGGAGUUUGCUCAUUUAUUGCCUUGUAUUGCUUCUCAGAUUACCACAUCUCUUUCUUCUUAUUUAUAUUUUGCUCUAACUCGUAGUCUUUGGUUUUUAGAAUUGAUAUGCUGGCACCGCCAAUCCCUACCAUCAUGCCGGCUCUUCUGGAGAGGCCCAAACUGUCUAAUGCCAUGGCACGUGCCUUGCACAAGCACAUUAUGAGAGAGAGGGAGCGGAAGAGGCAAGAGGAAGAAGAGGUUGACAAAAUGAUGGAGCAGAAACUAAAAGAAGAGGAAGAGAGGAAGAGGAAGAAAGAGAUGGAGGAGAGAAUGUCUUUAGAGGAAACAAAAGAGCAGAUAAUGAAGAUGGGAGUGAAGCUGCAGGGUCUUCAAGAGGAGAAGCAUCAGCUUUUUCUGCAGCUGAAGAAAGUCCUACAUGAGGAGGAGAAAAGACGACGGAAAGAACAGAGCAAUAGUGUGCACGCAUGGCCGGACUUACCAUUGGGCUUGAGUGGGCUCAGUCAGAAUUCAGAAAUUAUUAGCCACAUUUCCACUGUGCACGCAAGAUCUAAACGGGCCAGCCGGGGCUACAGCUUACAACUACGACCUUCAAGGCCACAAUCAAACAGCAUAAUUGGCUGCUUGCCACCGUCUCAGACGCGUCAUUUCCAGUCUCAGUCGGGAUUCAGUGCAGGUGGAACAGAGCACGGCCAGUAUUCUGGAGGCCAGCCGAGUCACAGCCCGUAUGGAGUCACUCAGCCGCAGCAUGCAUCACCUUUUGCCUCCAGUCAGCCGGUGCCAGCCAACUAUGCCAGUGGUUCACAACUUAGAGGUGCAUCAGCAUUCCAGGCCAUGCAGUACCUGCCCCAUCAGCAGCAGGGCUAUGCGGUCCACAGUCAUUUCACCUCUCAGCCUGGUUACAUCCCCAGUGCUGGGAUUCCCCUGCAGAAACAGUUAGAACAUGCUAACCAGCAGUCCGGCUUCACAGACUCGAGUCCAUUGAGGCCCAUGCAUCCGCAGGCUCUGCAUGUGAGCGCUGCAGGUUUGCUGCCUACUCCCUCUAUUGCUGUCCAGAUCCCUCCUGGCAAGUCUGGCUUACCAUAUGCACAUCCACCGAGGCCAGCUUCCCCAGGCGCAUUCACACAUGGAACGUCCUCACAACAAGCACAUGCAGCUACAUUUCAAAGCUCUUCUCAACCAACCCCUCGCCACGCCUACCUUUCUCACAGCCAAUCAGGGCAGAGGUUUUACCACCAUGCCAAAUAGCUAUUCAUUUCAGUCUAAUGCAGAUAGAUGUUAGGGUUUGAAGAUAAGAUUCACCACUUACACUUUGAAGGCUUUUGCAUUAAAGCUAAAUAGCACACAACGCUUGGCAUCAUAGUGUAAUGACGUAGAACACAUGACUGCGUUACGGUCACAUGCAAGUCAUUUUCUGUUAUUCUUCAGCUGGUAGACCUCCCUUUGCAACAGGGUAUGCCAUUUAUUUCAGUAUUACAGUGGGAUGUGUCUGAAAGUUUAUUUUAUGCAUUUGAAGACAUCGGCAACAGCUGUGCCAACAUUA